AUGACGUUUGCAGUGCUGCCCGCGCUCAUUCCCGACAUUAGCCCGGUGUAUGAUGUGUAUUUCGAAGCCUUUAAGAAUGGGAAGGUCCUAGAGUUUCUAUUUCCAGGAGGCGUUGAUCGUCAAGCCCACAAACAUGGCAUAACGUUGUGGUGGCAUCAGGAUUUGAAUGGCUAUACCAUCAAGUGUGUAGACGCAGAUACGGGUUCCAUCGUGGGCAUGGCUCAGUGGGAGGUCUUUUGGCGACCGGGAAAACAGAACCUUUGGAUGUUGCCGAAAGGAGCAGAGUGGCUCAAGGGGGACAAGCGCAAAAAGGCAGAGAGUAUACUUAUUCCCGACUGGACCAUGAGAGACAAGUUAUUUGGUGGGCGGAAGCACGUCUAUUGCGUAACGAUGGCUGUACACCCAAAGUACCAACGGAAGGGUAUUGGCCGGUCCCUCACUCAGUGGGGCGUCGAUAUCGCCGAGCAGUUGGGCCUUCCGAUCUAUCUUGAAUCCACUGACGCAGCUGUGCCGCUGUAUGAGUCCGUUGGAUUUCAGAGAGUGACACACGAGACACUUGUCCAUAAGGCAAUACUCACGGGCCAGAAAGAGGAUGUAGUGGUGCCCAUAUUCGUUAGGAUGCCAAGUAAGGCCAAUGGACUCUCGUUCCAAGAAUGGGCAGGCAAGGGGUACCCAGAUUCGUACUGA